AUGGCCCUGCGCUACUCCAUGGCCAUGGGCCUCAACCAGUUCCACAAGGUGACGAAGAACGUAAGCCAGCUGAGGCACAGCCGGCGGUGCAGGCGCCUCACAAAGCACACCAGGUUCGUGCGGGACAUGAUCCGGGAGGUGUGCCCGGCGCGGCGCGCCAUGGAGCUGCUCAAGGUGUCCAAGGACAAGCGCGCGAUCAAGUUCACCAAGAAGCGGGUGGACACCACGCACACAUGCGCCAAGAGGAAGCGGGAGGAGCUGAGCAAAGCACUGGCCACCAUGAGGAAGGCGGAGGCCAAGAAGGACUGA